UUCUAGUAACAUUUUAUCAUUAAUCAUGACUGAUGAAAAAGAAAAAGUAAAAGUUAGCCAAAGAUUUUUCUGGUUAGCAAAUACAAUUUUUCAUCAAGUAGUGACAGUUACAGUAGCUUUUAUAGCUUACGUUUUUGUCAAGAACUAUGAUGUUUCAAGUAGAGCGUUUAUUCAUUUUUUUGUUACAACUUUUGCAUACAUUCCAUUGAUGGCUGAAGGUUUCAUUUUAUUUAACGAAUCAAACACUUGGAGUUUACAAGUUAAAAGAAGUUUGAAAGGUUGGGUGCAUGGAGCACUACUAACCAUUAGUCUCAUCUGCGUUUCUAUUGGUAUUGGAGUUGAAGUUCACUACAAAAAUAAAAGUAUCCACCCCGUACACUUCAAAAGUAAUCACGGUAAAUUAGGUUUCAUAUCGUGGGUUCUGUGUUUUUGUCUUGCGUUAACAGGAAUUAUUACCCUCUAUUCCUCAAAAUUGAGGAUAAUAAUACGACCAGUAACUUUAAAAACCAUACAUUUAUGUUUAGGACUUGCAUGUUUCGCCAUCGGAGUAGGUUCUCUAAUUUUAGGUCUUAAUUAUUCUCAUUUUAGAGUUACACAUAAUGAAUUAUUAGUAACAAAGACCUUGAUCUCCAUCAUUACAAUAUGGAGUUCAUUAGGUGCUAUAGUGUCUCUUUUCAAUAAUUUAAAAAGUAUGUUUACUUAAGCAAAAUAUUGUGGUUUGAUAAAAAACUCAAAUUUUCAAAAAUACUACUAUUAAUAUAUAAAAUUCGAUAGAGAAAACAAAAAAUAUUGAUUAAAAAACUUCGUAGAAAUCACCAUAUCUAUACAUGUUUUACUAGUUUUUAUUAAACUGCCUGUAAAAACUUUUUUGAAACGUAAACAGUAACAAUCGUUUUCAUUCAAUAAUAAGGAAUAAUUUUUAUCAUAGGACCUAUCAUAAUUAAAAAAAAAUUAGAAAUCGAACAAUGGAUUUAUAAAAAUUAAAUCAAUAAGACACAGUCAACGAAUCAUUCUACUUGAAAUCUAUACAAAUGAAACCACAUACUAUUGAGAAAGUUAUUGACUAUUAACUCAAGUGUACAAGUAUUUAAUGAAUUAUUACAUUUGAAUUCCUUAUACUAAAAACAAUUUUAUUUUAUAAGAAAUACGUAGUUAGAGCAGGUCAGGUCUACAAAAUUUUUUAUCCUGGCAAUAAAAAAUAUUGAAAAUCACUUGCCGGACUCGUGUUGGUUUGAAUAAAUAAUACUUUUAGUCACAUUAAUAUUUCGAAUUCGAAUUCAUAUCACCUUUGACAUUUUCAUUCUUAUAAUUUCAAAAAUAUGCAGAACCAUAUUUAUUUUGGGGAGCACAGUUUUUAGGCUGGAGGGGGAUGGACACGACCCUUAAAAAUUGUUUGCUUAAUAUUUCUUUUUAAUACUUUUCAAGUGCUUACAAGUACUGAAGAACCCAGUGUUUACAACUGAUCUGUUAAUCAUACUCCUCCUAGAAAGUUCAGAAUGUGGAAUGGCAGAUCUUCGUCUUCUGUUCACUUUUCACACUUCGAGAGAAUGAGGUGAUGUCCUCUGCGCAACAGAAUCUGCACACUGCACAUAUUACCUGCCAAGUCUUAAGAUGUUCAUUGUGGCGACAGUGCCCCGAUAGGACUCCCGAGACUGUUAGUAUUCGUAGGUUGUUAUUGCCUAGGUUGAUACAUUCAGUAUAUCUUCUCUGCUUAUAACUGUCCAGAAGUGUUUUUGCCUACCUCAUCCCCUGUAGGUUUCCCAGUAGCUGGUUUUACUCCUAUAUACCUUUUUUCCAAUGCUUUCUCUAUUCUUUUGUAGCUGAGGGUUCAGGUCAUAUGGAUAGUUGGUCUGUCCCUGCUUUAGCUGAUCUGUCAGCUAUUUCUUAUUCAUUACAGGGUAGCUUUAAUUUUUCUUGCCUAGCUCGUUGAAUUCAACUAGGCAUUCCCAAACUAGUUUGGAUUUUAUGAUACAUAUUUUUUAAUUGCAUGAAUUUUUACUUGAAAAAUACUUGGUGUGUUGUCCAGGCUUUCAGAGUGUUUAGUUCUGGGCCCGUACACUCCUAUUCCAGUUUUGUGUGCUGCUUUAGAGUCUAUGUAUCAUUUGAUGAUAUUUCUGUUCAUUUGUCGUUUGGUGUUUCGAUCCCAUUUAUACUGCUACUGAUUAGUAUUCAUUCAUUCGUUCUGAGUGAUGUUAUUUCUGCUAGACUUUCCAGUACUAUGUGCAAGCUAGUAUUUAGACUGGUUCUAGUACCCCAAACCACUGCCCCCUUAUGUCUUUUUUGGUCUUACAAUUGCCUUGAACAUCCACAGUAGAAUCGUUGGGUUACAACUCCAAUUUCUCCCUGUAAAGUUUCUGUACACCAUCAGGUUUUUUUUAUCUAACAACAAAAUUACAAAGUAGAUUAUGUAUUCAUAUAUUGAUUGUAAGAACGAUUCGAAUCUCAAUUAGUAAUAAUUAAAGUUGUUAUUUAUGAAUAAACUUUUUUCAAAAUA